GCAUCACCUUUGUUCUCGUUGUUUCCUGCUGCUGUCCUGCGGUCUUCUUUAGUGAUUGUAAUAUUACCUCCCCCCUUAGGGCUAUCGUCCUGAUACCCUUGUCUUUGCCCUGCGGCGUGGUGUUUUAGCGGGGUCGGCAUCGUUCCCGGCCAUAUAAAGUCCCGAAGCCCUCUGUCUAGAAACGUCGUGCCCGUGCGCAGAACAUCGAGUCUUGGGGUUUGGAGAUGGCUGGCUCUCUAGGUUGUGAACGUUGUAGGUGGAUGAAGCUUUGCUGUUUCGUAGACGUAGCGUCGGGUUGUUGUGCUGGGUGUAUUUUAGUGCAUGCUGAAUGCAGCCUCUUUGUUCUGGAGAGCGAUUGGCAGCGGAUCCAAGACGAAGAGGAAGAGACUUGGUUAGCGCUGCUGCGGGCGCGUGCUGAGGCGGCUUGUCUUGAGCUGGCGCUUGCCGAGGUGGAGCAGAAGAAGCGUUCUUAUGCUCGUUAG